AUACCCAGACGUCCUUCUUGUCUACUGACUAACAGGUCUUCCCCUAAUCCGCCUCAAUGAAUACAAAGCUUUGUCCAGCAAAUCGGUAAACAGACCGAACCCGCACAGCAUAAAAGCCCAGGGACUUGCUUGGCUCUGACCUAAUGAAUUCAACCGUCUCCAGCGAGCUUUAGGAAAGGAACAUCAGACAUAACUUAGUCAAUCGUCAGUAACCGAGAAAAGUUAUCAGAUCUUUGGGAAUCCUCAUCAAACAGAACAAGAUGCUGCGAUUCAUGCUACUGUGUUUUGACCUCCUGGUAGUCUGCUCUUCAGUGGUCAACGCAGCAUGUUACACUUGUGGAAGCACGACGUACAUCAGGAAUCAGUGGCCUAAUAACUUUGAUGCCGAGUUUUCAAUUCCUAUCACGAACUCGGUGUCUGAGGGUUGGACCCUGGAACUGCAGUUCUCCAAGCCAGUCACAAACCUUCAGAUUUGGAGAGCAGACAUCAAGAGCACUAAAAGUAACUCUUCCCUGUACAUCUUAAAGAACAAACAUUGGAAUAGAAACCUCUCCCCAGGAAGAAACCUGGUCAUGAGUUUCCUCGGUCAGUUUAACGGACCGUCACCCAGCUUUACUGUUCGUUUGCUAGGCCAGGCGGACUGUGGUCAGUGUUUAGACGGGGCGGUUAUUCCUACCACACCACGGCCAUUGGUUGCCACUCCCUUGGGUUGCAGGACCUGCUGCUCCUCUGCUGAAGUCACCCAUGAAUGGCCUGGGAACUUCGACGGAGAGUUCAGGGUACUGGUCGAGUACGAAGUGACUAGUGGCUGGGUGGCAGAACUUGUGUUCUCUGAUCCAGUUUUCAAUCUUCAGGUGUAUGAUGCACAAAUUACGGACAUCCUGCAAGGAGGCAAAAUUUAUCGACUCACAAACAAGCAUUAUAAUGCCGAUCUCGCUGAGGGGAUUGAACACAUCCAAAGAUUCCAGGCUUCUGCAGCAGUAACUCCCAGUUUUACUGUCCACAUGGUCGGUCAACCAGAAUGUUGCCAAGGAGACUCGGCCGUAUCCUGUCACCCGUCUACAACACUCCCGCCGCCCACAUCCGAGCCAGACGCCACCUCGCCAACAACGGCUGCUUCAACCCUGCAAUGUCCGCUUACAAAUAUUGUGGACGAGUGGCCUGGAAACUUCAAAGGCGAGAUUGUGAUCCCGAUUAGGAACGAAGUGUCCGGGGGUUGGCUGGUCGAACUCAAGUUUUCAGAGCCGGUUUUGAACCUGCAGGUAUACAGAGCUAAUGUUCUCAGUAUUCUGGACGGAGGAAAGACGUACUUGAUCAAGAACAAAGACUACAAUGCUGAUCAGUUAGUUGGCGCCGUCUUGCGAGAGCAGUUCCAAGCCUCAGCUUCAAACACGCCCAGUUUCACUGCUCGAAUGAUUGGCCAACCCGAUUGCUCCAUCACGCCGACUCCAACAGGUGCAACAGAAGUUUCAACGACGAUAUCCAAGGCACACACCACUGAAACUCGCAUUGAACCUUCCACAUAUCGUUCCACGGUCCCUCCAACCGAACCUCCCACUGAACCUCGCACCAUACAACCCGUUUCUGAACAGACAACUUUUCCAGUCAGCGAACCCUCAACCCCAGCGCUGCCAACAACGGCAAAGGCCACCACAACAGGCGUACCUCUAACACCGUCGUCAGCUCCCUAUGACUACGCUGAGGUCAUCCACAAGUCCAUUUUAUUUUAUGAGGCACAACGAUCAGGACCUCUGCCUGCUAAUAAUCGCAUUCCUUGGAGAGCUGACAGCACCGUGAACGAUAGAGGCUUAAACGGGGAGGAUCUGACUGGUGGAUGGUUUGAUGCUGGAGAUCACGUGAAAUUCGGUUUCCCGAUGGCAUCCACUGUUACUGUUCUUGCGUGGGGCUUAGUCGAGUACCGUGAUGCCUACAUUGGGUCAGGUGAAUUAGUCAACAUGCUGGAUUGCAUCAAGUGGGCAACUGACUACUUCCUGAAAUGCCACACAGGAAUGUAUGAAUUCUACGCACAGGUUGGAGACGGCCACCUCGAUCACGCAUAUUGGGGUCGUCCUGAGGACAUGACGAUAAACCGACCAGCUUUUAAGAUUACUGCUGCCAACCCUGGGACUGAGAUCGCUGGUGAAACGGCCGCGGCGUUGGCUGCUUCUAGUAUUGCCUUUAGAGAAACUGACCCAGCAUACGCCGAUGAACUUCUUCAACACGCUAGAGAACUUUACGAUUUUGCCAACAGGUGGAGAGGAAAAUACACAGACGCCAUUCCCAACGCUGCAAGUUUCUACGAUUCUCACAGCGGUUAUGGGGAUGAGCUGGCUUGGAGUGCAGCCUGGCUGGCGCGCGCCACCGGGGACAGCAGCUACGUGACGGCAGCAACGGCCCACUAUGACACCUUCAAUAUCGGGAGUGGCACUCCUUGGGCAUUUUCAUGGGAUGAUAAGAAAGCUGGUGUUAUGAUGCUGAUGUACCAGCUAACCGGUGCCUCUCGGUACCAGACUGCAAUCACUGAUUUCUUAGAUAGCUGGCAACCAGGGAACAUACACUACACACCAAAGGGAUUGGCAUGGAGGGACCAGUGGGGAACUAAUCGUUAUGCAGCCAACACGGCUUUCCUGGCCCUUGUUGCUGCACGCGAAGGAAUCGACGCGACAAAAUACAGCGACUUUGCCAAGCAGCAGAUCAACUACAUGUUGGGUGAUGCAGGCAGGAGUUAUGUCGUAGGCUUUGGCAAUAACCCACCUCAUUCCCCGCAUCAUCGAGCAAGCUCUUGUCCUGACAUGCCUGCCCCUUGCGAUUGGGGCAAUCUCGACGGCAGCGACCCAAACCCUCAAGUUCUAGAGGGCGCUCUGGUGGGCGGGCCGGAUCAGAACGACGGUUUCGUCAACAAUCGGCGGGACUUCGUUCAGAACGAAGUGGCAACGGAUUACAACGCAGGAUUCCAGUCAGCCGUAGCAGGUUUGAAGUCUUUGGUCAUCAAUGGCUUAUACUAGACGUAAAAAGGACAGCGGCCUACACCUGUAAUGCAAGGUGUGACAUCUAGUGUACAAAGGCUUGGACAGAAUUUCGUCUAUUGUGAAUAGUGAUUGUAAACAGUGAGAGAAGACCGACACUGAGAUUAUUUUCUUCAUAAAGAAUUAUGUAUAUAGUCGUUGAUGCCAGUUUGAACAUUUUGUUGCCUUGGUUAUAAUUUAUGAUUAAAAUCUUACAGUUUCGAUCGUUUUAAUCCGAGUCGCCUCUUCAGUAGGUCGGCCGUUACGGAAGUGGAUUUGAACGGUCUUUUAUUUACAUGUAGUUCAUCUGAAGGUGCCUUUCCAUAAUACGCGUCCACACUUGCGCCAAGCGUUGCGUCUCCUUAAGAAUCGCUUGUGGGCGAUUUUGACGGCGAAACGCAACGCAAAUGUGUGUUAUGUCAAUGGAGUCGAUUUUUGUGUCCGUGAAAGUGAAACGCAUGGACGCCUCGGUUACGUAACGAACCAAAAAACCCUCGGCCCACAUUGUGGAAAGGCGCCUUCAACCAGAUUGCCUCAUCCAUCAGUGUCAGUCAUUUGUCAUUUGAUGAUGCUUAGUUGGACACAUUCCCGAAGAUUUUAAACAUAAUCAUGGUUUAUAUUGAAAAUGAAACUGAACUGCCCAAUUAGUUCGGGAGAUAUUCGACAUGAAAAGCAAUUAGGCCUUCUAUAUGAAUGCGUUGGUAAAGUGUUUAUGGGGGGGGGUAUCGGUCUAGGGUCACAAGGAUCCUACGUGUCCUUAACGAUCCAUCCCUCUUGCGGGGCGGCAUGGUCACAUCACGUUUUCGGUUUUUAUUUAUUCAUUUAUGGAGGGGGGCACACAUUCACUACUUGGAUGAUUAGUCCAACUCCUAGUUGGAAUGCAUGUAAACCUUAAUUCGGUUAUCUUGGAUUUGAGCAGGUUAUGUCUGCAUGUUUUUAAGUUUGUGAAACUUUGCCAAUCUUUGGCAUUCCUUAAGUUCCUUAUGCCGGUGGUUACAGUUUUUUAACUUUUUAAGUGUACUUAUAAAAAUCCAGCUUACAUUGUUAUUUGGUUUCGAGUUCCUGCAUUUUAAUAAGCGUUGUACCUGUGAAAUACUUUUAAGUGUAGGUCCUACUUAUAAAAAUCCAGCAUACGUUGUUAUUUCUCUUCGAGUUCCUGUAUUUUAAUAUAGGUUAAGAAUAUAGAUUAAAAAUAUUCACCCACAUGUAAUCACUA